CGCAACAAACCCAAAGCCCGACUGUACCACCCCCCCUCUCCUCUCCCUCCUCCUCCCCGGCCUGGGAGGGAGGAGUCAUCUCUUCUCCCGCAGAACUGAGUGUAUAACACUGUGCAGCCAGCCACAAUGUGUGUCAGAGGACUGUCUGUGCUCCCAAAGUAGAUGACUGCUCCAAAUCUGGUGUCUGUAUUACUGACUGCGAGAUACGAGAAGAAUUGGUUCGCGCGUUAUCAUCCCGAGACAGGACAAGGUUUUUCGAUAGUGGGAUAGAAUGCCGGCGAUCGUAAGUAAAAACUCCGAUUUGGAGUUUGACUCCUUACAACCGUGUUUCUAUCCGGAUGAGGACUUCUACUUCUGUGGUCCCGACUCUGCGCCACCGGGGGAGGACAUCUGGAAGAAAUUCGAGUUGUUGCCCACUCCGCCCCUCUCCCCGAGCCGAGCCGCGCUACCGGGGGAGCCGGCGACUGCCUCCUCGGAAGUAGACCCUCUGGGUUUCGGCUUAGGGGAUCCUCUGGACUGGGCUUCUGAGCUGCUGCUCCUGCCCGAGGACGAUAUCUGGGGGGCGUCUGACGAUGGGGACCUGUUCGGCUCAGUUAUGGAUACUACUAACCCCAACAGCAUCAUUCUCCAGGACUGUAUGUGGAGUGGCUUCUCCGCUAGGAAAAAGCUGGAGCAGGUGGUCACGGAGAAACUCGGAAAGGCUAUUUCCACAGCCACAGGAGGUGUCAGCAGCGGUGGAAGGAGCGUGUGCGUAAAGGCGCCGGAGGUGGUGAGCCGCAGCUCGGUGUCAGAGUGUGUGGACCCCACAGUAGUGUUCCCCUUCCCGGUCCACAAGAAGAACGUCAGCAGGGACUCAUCCGGGACCGUUAACACAUCCACGACGCACGCGAACAGCAACAGUGACUCCGAGGAGGACGAGGAUGACGAUGAAGAAGCAGAGGAUGAGGAAGAGGAGGAGGAGGAAGAGGAGGAUGAUGGAGAAGAAGAAGAAGAGGAGGAGGAGAUCGAUGUGGUGACAGUAGAGAAGAGGCGGUCUACAAGCAGCAAGGCAUCACCCAUGUCAACAGGGACUGUCACCAUCUCCGUGCACCCAAGAAGUCAAGAUUCAAGGGCGACCGUUUCAGGGUCUGGCGGCGUGGUGAGCCGGUUCGUCAGCCGGGCUCCUCAGGAGCUGAUCCUGAAGAGGAGCUCGGUCCACCAGCAGCAACACAACUACGCCGCCCCCUCGCCGUACGCCUCUGACGACGAUCCAACCCCGCCUCCAAAGAAACAGAAGACAUCAGACGCCCCUCGCCCGCCCACGAGAACCAUCUCCUCCUCUUCGUCGUCUUCCUCUUCGUCCUGCAGCUCCUUCACCACAGGGGCGCGCAGCAAACGCAGCGCCAGCGGGGACAGCAGCCCGCGCGGCAGCUCCGACUCGGAAGACAGCGAGCGCCGGCGUAACCACAACAUCCUGGAGCGCCAGCGCCGCAACGACCUGCGCUCCAGCUUCCUCACGCUGCGCGACCACGUACCCGAGCUCGCCCACAACGAGAAGGCGGCGAAGGUGCUGAUCUUGAAGAAGGCCACCGAGUACGUGAGCUCGCUGGAGACGGAGGAGAUGAGGCUGCAGCAGGAGAAGGACCGGCUCCAGGCCCGCAGGCAGCAGCUGAUGCGCAGGCUGGAGCAUGCAAGGACUCGCUAACAGACAACCACUACAACACGGAAACACUCACAAAAAACCCGGGACGACCCCCCUUUACUCACACUGCCUCAACUGAGACUGAAACACACUCACACAUAGGCCUAUACACUUAAGCACACACACAUAGGCCUGCAUAUCUGCUCAUCUCAGAGGACAUUAAUCUUCAGGCGACACCUGCAGGAGGAAGAAAAGGAAGGGGGGGGGUUGUCGGAGGGAUGCUCGGACUUUCACUGCCGCCACUUUUUUUGCACAUUUGUUGACGUUAAGAAUGUUUAGGGUUUACUUUUUCAAUCCAGUCACAUUGAGGAAAGAUGAAAAAAAGAAAAGAACGAGGAAGGAGAGAGGGCACACCUUGUUCUGUAUGGUCUUCCCUUCCUCUGGUUUUGAUAUCAUUUCUAUUUCUAUUGUUUUUGUACUCACUGUGACACCAGCCUGGAAUCUGGGUGAUUCCCACACGAUGGACGGAUGGAUGUCCAAGGGCACUUUGCUUGGAGAGUUUCACGUACAAGAAAGCAGUGCACACUUAACUUUUGCCUUCACCACUGCAAAAAAUAAACUGAACUAUGACGGCACAUGUAUGAAACGAUGCCACUACAGGUUUCUCUAUGUCACUCCUCUCUAUCACACUGGUGCUCAAGCCAAGUUCAGUGGAUGUAUAACUGUGCACCUUGCUAGCCGACACUUUUGUAUAUAACAAUAGUGUACAGACAAAAGAAUACACUCAGAUCUGCCUUGUUUUGUAAUACAUUUUGUCUUUGUUUUUUAUAUACAUGUCAGGAAGCUGCCAAUAACUAGACUGGAAGUUUAUAUACCUUUAAAGUACUGUAAGGCCUCGAUUUUUGAGAGUCAUGAACUUUGUAAUAUAACAAUAUAUUGUUUUUUUCUUCUCUUUUUCUUUGUAUUGUAUCAUAUUACUAAUUCUACACACCUUUAUGCUUUUAGUGUGAACCUGAUACAUACUAAAUUUGAUACUUAUAUUUUCGUAUGAAAAUGAGUUCUCAGUAGAUAUCACUUUAUCUCGUCAUUUUUUCUCUCCCUCUAUCUCAGAUAAUUCUUUUGUACAGAAAAAUGUGUUCUAUCCUCAUGUACCUGGCCUUUUCUUUUUUUAAAUUUCUUCUUCUUUUGUUUAUAUUUGUAACUAUCGGGUGCAUAGAAAUGGGUAAACGGAUAUAAGAUGUUUGUUUUUUUCACUUUUAAAAAUGUACAUUUAGUGCUGCAACUCAUAGCACUUUGAAAUACCUCAUUUUGAAAAAUAAAUAGACAUCGUAAA